AUGAACACCAAUCAAACAUGCAAUAACUCCUUCUGGACUAAGGAGGAGGAUAAACUCUUUGAGAAUACUGUUGCGGUCAACAAGGAUAACAACAAUCUAUUAGAGGAAAUGGAAGAAGCACUUCCUGGGAAAUCGGCUGAUGAAGAUAUAUUAAUUGAAGAUAUCAAUAUCAUCGAGUCUGGAUAUGUCCCAUUACCUAAUCAUCUUAAAAUGCAAUACCAGAAUUCAAAAGCAGAUGCAGAAUGGCGAAAAGGGGCUUCUUGGACAGAACAGGAACACAGGUCAUUUCUCCGGGGCUUAGAAAUAAAUGAAAAAGGUGACUGGAGAAGUAUAUCUAGGCAGAAGGAGGAUGCUGAAGCCACUGGAACUUCCCAAGCUCCACACACCGAGGAUAUGAUUGGGUCUCCUUACGGAGGAUCACAAGCAGUGCCAAACACUAGCAAUGAGAGCAUGUUGCCUCGAGAAAGCACCAAUGCGGAGCAGAUGAUAGAAGUUGUUGGAGGAGAGUCCACAGACCAUAAUGCUGUUGUCAAUGUUGGGUCUGAUGUGAAUGUUGAUGCUGGAAGUUCCCUAUUACCCAGCAAACAAUCAUGUACUGCUCCUAGCAGUGGAACUUACGGUCAUCCUAUCGCUAGAAUUGGGAGUGAACUUGAAGCAUUGCUCACUGAACCCGUGGAUGAAGAUAAUGAUAUCACUACCAUUUUUUAUGUUGGGAAAUUACCAACUUCUUAUCCCGUGCUGUUUGAUGCUGCUUUAAGCGGAAUCCCCCGCUAUUCAGCUGCAGAGGCGGCUCUUGCUCAGUUACCUCCCUUUGAUGAUGAAGGCAUUUUUGAUCCGGAUGACCUGUUCACAGAUCCGAUGUUCUGAUUUGGUGGAGGAGAGGCACUUGCUUUUUUUUUUGUGAAGACUUAUGCCAUUAUGUUAGACAGUAUUGCUCUUCUUUAUCUAUUCUUAAUCUGCUUUAGGGAGCAAGAUUUUGUGUAUCUUCAAACUCUUUUGAGAGACUAG